AUGAAUGAAAUCCGCGGUGACUCUGAGGCUCACGUCAUAAAAAGAGGAACGAUGGAAAAACGCUUUCUGGAAAUCUGCCACACGGCGGCUCAAAGCUGGUGCAUGCGAAACUCGUUUCAAUUGGUGGUUAGUGGUAACGAAAGUACGACCUACGUAGAGUUCCUGUACGCCGAUAAUGAAAUCGAGUGGGUGGUUUCGAAAGAGAAGUUUCCGCUAAACGAUCCGGUUUACGCUCAACUGGGGUUUGUUAAGAAGUCCGGCGCUGAUGCUCCGUUUAAUCCUUUACAACCGCUUGGAACCUCGAAACCCGAAGAUAUUCUUCUUCAUAUAUACCAGUACACAAACCGACACGUUCCGGGAGCGUUUCUGUUCCGUGUGUCCGGUGAGAGCGUUGUGACCCCGGGGGUGACCGUGAAAUAUGACGAAGGCAGCGACGAUUUGCAAGAGCAGGGCGAUGAUGAAGAAGAUGAAGAAUAUGAAUACACGGAAUACGAAGCAUAUCAUUCGGGACCCGGUGGAUCGUCGGCAGAGAUGUUAUGUCCGGAUGACCAGCAUCGCGGCCAAUGUCCAGAAGAGUGUCCCCUAACGAUCACCGAAGCUAAAUGCAAGAAGUGCAAAUGUCCGCAUGAAGCGGAAGAAAAUAUGAGCGUUGAAGAACAUCAAACGAUGUUGCAACCGGCGAUGCCUUGUCCCGACGACCCGUACAGAGACAACUGUCCAUCGCAUUGCUCCCUGGUCAUGAAUGGCCAAUGUAAGACGUGCCAGUGUCCCCAAGGUGUCAACGAUCCGAAGGCGGAGGUGAUUGAGGAAAGCCCUACGGCGACGACGGAAGCGCGAAACUUGGACUUUUGUGCCACACAUCAUACUUGCCAUCAGAACGCACUGUGUGACAAUUACGAAAGGGGAUACUGUUGUCGUUGCGAUGUGGGAUACAUUGGUAACGGACAAGUCUGUCUCAGAAACGACGAACCUCAGCGUAUAAACGGCAAACUGUCGGGAAAAAUAAACAACACUAGUCUUCGGGACGUCGACCUGCACACGUACGCGGUAAUCGCCGACGGUCGGGCUUACACGGCACUGUCUCCGUUGUCACCGAAUGUCGGCAGGUCGCUUCUGCUGCUGAGCACGAUCGGCGGUGUCAUGGGGUGGCUGUUCGGCAAGACAACCAGCAACUCAGUUUACAACGGAUUCGAAUUGACAGGGGGGGUGUUCAACGCUACUGCUGCGGUACAUAUAUCCGAUCGAUACACGUUGACGAUUCAACAGAAUUUCUUUGGCCGAGAUCCACAAGGCUACUUCAAAGCUAACAUUUAUCUCACGGGCACGCUGCCUGAGAUUCCGGAAAACACAGAGGUGGACUUUGGUGAAUAUUCUGAAGAAUUCAGACGAACAGAAACCGGUAUGAAACUUUCACCAUUUGGCUCACAAGAUGAGUCAUUUCAUAAUAAUACGAAUGAUAAACGUAAUCUCCCUUUUGUGUAAGU